UGUGGACUCUAUACCGACCACAGUGGACUCCGCCAAUGGCUCCCUCUUGUCUCUCUUGAUGUUCACACUACCAUCGUUUCUUCAACAUCGCGUACUGUCUUGACACAGACCUUCCAAAGCCCCAAGAUGGCUGCCGGCGAUCAUCUUCAGAAUGUAAACUACUUGUUCCCUCUCUAUGAUGGAGUAUCAGUGGUUGCAUUCACCUGCACCGUUGGCUCGCGCGUCAUCAAGGGCGUCGUAAAGGAGCGAAACGAAGCCAAACAGGUCUUUGAUGCUGCCGUUGCACAAGGAAAGACGGCAGGAUUGCUCCAGCAGUCUUUGGAGGCCUCUGAUGUCUUUACUACUUCACUGGGCAAUAUCCCCGCUGGCGAAAAAGUCAAAGUCGAGGUGACAUAUUUGGGAGAGCUGAAGCAUGAUGCUCAAGUUGAUGGACUGCGAUUCACCAUCCCCACGAGCGUGGCUCCGCGAUAUGGACACCACACCCUACAAGGAGUGAAUCUUGCACAUGGCGAAGAGCGCAUCAGUAUCACUGUUGAUGUUGAUGUCUCUGGCAGCUCGACCAUCAAGAGCGUCCAGUCUCCAUCUCAUCCCAUUUCUGUCAACAUCGGCACCCUUUCUACUGCAACCUCUGAGCCGCCGUCUCUGCAGAGGGCGUAUGCUACUCUCUCCCAAGGCUCAGCAGAGCUGAACAAAGAUUUUGUCAUCCAAAUUGUCGCCAGUGGCCUCGGUGAUCCUGUGGCCGUCCUUGAAGCGCAUCCCACCAUUCCAAACCAACGGGCUUUGAUGGCGACGCUUGUUCCCAGAUUCAAUCUGCCGACGUCCAUGUCCGAAGUAGUCUUUUUGUGCGACAGAAGCGGCAGCAUGGGCGAUGGUGUCAAGAUACCCAACGUCGUCGAGGCUUUGAAAGUCUUUCUCAAGUCUUUGCCUGUCGGCGUCAAGUUUAACAUCUGCAGCUUUGGAUCACACCACUCAUUUCUGUGGGAGAGAUCCCAGAAAUAUGACGAGAACUCGCUAAGGGUGGCCAUUAGCCAUGUGAGCUCAUUUGACUCCAGCUUUGGCGGUACAGAAGCGCACGCGCCAAUGGCCGAGAUAUUUAAACGACGCUACCGCGACAUGAAUCUCGAAGUCUUUUUACUCACUGACGGAGAGACCUGGAAUCAAGAGGCAUUGUUCCAGCUCAUCAACUCAAAUGUGUCCCAAAGCAAAGGGGCUAUUCGAGUCUUUGCAUUGGGCGUGGGAGCAAUGGCCAGUCACGCCUUGAUUGAGGGAGUUGCUCGUGCGGGUAACGGUUUUGCUCAGGCCGUAGCAGAUGGCGAACGAGUGGACAAGAUGCUUGUGCGAAUGCUCAAGGGGGCGCUUACACCCCAUAUCAAUGACUAUACUUUGGAGAUCAAGUAUGGCAAUGAUGAUGUGAGAGAAGAGGAGGACAGCGACGACUUUGAGGUCAUUGAAAAGAUCAUGGAUGCCAUGACGCUGGAGCUGCCUCCUACUGGGUCGGCAGACAUCAACACUUCAGGGAGUUACAAAAUCGAAAUAUCACUCUUUGAUCAAAGCGUCCAGGACGAGGAUUUGGAAAUGUCUGGUACUUCCAAGGUAAAGAUGGGUCUGCCCGCCGUCGCCGUUCCACGCUACCUCCAAGCUCCUUUUCAAAUUCCGCCUCUUUUCCCAUUCAGCCGCACGACUGUUUACGUCUUGCUCUCCGACUCGACACCGGAUCGCCAACCCAAGAGUGUCAUCCUCAGAGGAACCUCCAGCCAGGGACCGCUGUCGUUGGAAAUUCCCAUCACCAUUCUGGCGGAGAAAGGCACCACCAUACAUCAGCUGGCGGCUCGCAAGGCAACGAGAGAGCUUGAAGACGGGCGAGGCUGGAUUUUCCACGCCAAGGAUGAAAAAGGACAACUCCUACAAAAGCGAUACGACGGCCAAUUCAGCGACAUGGUCGAGAGAGAAGCCGUACGGCUGGGCACGCAGUACCAAGUCAGCGGCAAGUGGUGCUCGUUUGUUGCGGUUCAAGACGACCAAGACAAGGCCGAUGAGAGCGAAGAGAUUCAGCAACGGCAAGCGCCCCCUGCAGGUAAUCCAAACGCAAUGAGUCCACAAGCCAUGGCACAAGCACAGGCACAGGCACAGGCUCAACUGCAGGCAAUGAGGAACCAGAAUCAAUUGAUGGGCAUGCAACGUCAAGCAAACCCCUUGAUUGCUCAGCAGGCUGCAUAUCGCCCGGUUCCGGGAUCGCAGCCCAACAUAAUGCACCCAAUGGGUCGGAUGCCAUCUGCGCAGCAACUACCAGUGGCAAACGUGCCGCAGCAGCAACAACAACAACAAAUGUCGGGUAUGCCCACGGGGAGUGUGCCCUUUGGCAAUCACGAUGCAAACCUUGCGAAUCAAGAUUAUCAAAUGCAGUUGAUGUUGUUAGAGCAGCAAAACAAAAAACGUCUCCUGAUGGCUCGCCAGGAACAGGGAGGAAAUCCAACUUCAAUUCCAAGCAACCCUCCCGCGGUGGCUGCAAGUUCGGCAUCAAACAACCCGGCCGGAGGUUCUAUAGUCGGGGGUUUAAGCCCAGUGUACCAAAAUGGUCCUGCUGGAAGCCCCCCUGGUGGCUCAAUGAAGAGAGACUCUUUUCAUCUUGCUGCUGUCGAUUUUAACAAACGCUUAAAGUCGGAUGACGUUUUAGCAGACUUUGACUUUGACAGCUUCCUAGGCCACUCGGAAGAAGACCUGAUAGACUAUUCAGACGAAGAAGCUCAGGCCCCAGAGGUGGCGUCUGGUCCAGGAGACACUCCAAUGUCGACGCUCUUCUCAGAGCAAACCUUUAUCGGCAACUGGGAUUGGAGCCUGAGGCUGGAAGCAAUUGUGGGAGUGACAAAAUCGGCCGCGUUGGCGGAUAUUGAGCUUCCUGGUCAAUAUAGCCAGCUUCAAGUUGUGCUGGCCACUCUUUGCGCCGUGGCAUAUUUGAAAAAGAAGCUGGCGGAUGAAAAAGACGUGUGGGAACUCAUUGUUCAAAAGGCGGAAGAUUGGCUACGAGGCCAGACGCAGGAAGACGUGAUGGAGCUGGAAAGGAUUGUG